ACUACAGGUGCCCGUAGGGACAAUUAUUUACUACCAUCAAAUAAUAAUCUGUAACCAUUGGGGCGAUUUUUGUCAUGUUUGCGGUGGUUUGUACUACGUAAAAUUUGGAUCAGGAAGAUAUGAAAUAUUUAGUGGAAAUAAAAUAGGAGAGAUAUGAAGCGUGGAAGCAGGAAAGCCUCCACAAAGAGGAUGCAGCGAGAGAACGGGGCAAUAGAACCAGAACUACUCAAAUCUCAGAUCGCCAUCCUUUCAGGGGGUACAGAUUUAGCUGGGAAUCCUUUAAUUACAUUUCCUGUACAUAGUGCCACAGACAACAAAGACUGGGAACUCGAGGGUGCAUGUAAAUAUCUUGUAUAUCUACAGGAUGUUAUUUUCUUAGUAAUGAAGAGGAAAAGUGCGGCUUUUGUGGCUAAUUUUAGACAGGGAUGUAAUGAGACUGUUAUAACUGAGGUGGUUAAAGCUUUGGAACAUCUAGAGAUUGAACGUCGAGGAGCCGUAGCAGCGUUUUAUAUUGUCAAACCAAAGUCACGAAGCAAAACAAGACUUCUGAAAAGGCUACUAGGUCUGAAAUCACAGAGGAAAGAUGUCGUUACGUUUGGAAAUCAGUUUAAAACUGUUGUUGUUAAAACACUUGUUGAACUUUAUACACAAAUUGAACCAAAGGAAUUAACAACAGAUUAUGGCGGCCACCUCACAUACGACCAUGAUGCUUGGAUCUUUCUUCACAAGAAAAUUCUGCCCACACUCGCUCAGUCUGAAGAUGUUAAGGACAGACUCCAUAGUGUCAAAGACAAGGCUCUGUUAAUGGCAGAUUAUGACACAAUUAGUCACACAGCUGAUCUGUUGAAGACACUCCAUUGUGAACUUGAAGAGCAAUUCAAUGCAUUGAUACGACACAGUGACAUUGAUUUAACAGUUGAAAAAUGCAAGCAGACUUUACACCAUCUUGAUGACCCAGACGAAGAAAGUCCAAUCGCAAAUGUUCACCCUUCACUAAGAACACAAAUAGUAACACAGAUCAGAAAUGCAUUUACUGAUCUCUCUUCAACCCAGAUAGAAUUAGAGGCCAUUUGGAAAUCUGUUGAAGAAGGAAUAAGAAAACAAAUCAGCUUAAAAGAAAAAAAAGAAGAAGCAGACAAGUUAUGUAUGGAAAUAACAGAGAGGUACUGGCCUUUGAUGGCUCAACAUCCUAAUAUAGGCACAAAUCUAAGCCAAGCAGAACUCUACAGAACGCAUUUUAAAUCCUUACUGUAUGACCCAGCCAAGGAAAUUAUAGCAGAUGCUACAGGAAUUUUGGAAACACUACAACGAAUGGACGUUAGAGAUAUUGCCCAACAAGAUGGCAUCAAAACAAUUGUCGAGAGACUGACAAAUACAAUUCACCCCUUUGCCACUCAGCUUAAUGAAAUAAAUCAGAUUUAUGUAGAAAUGCACGUCUUUUUUCUAGUUUAUGAAAAGGCACUUGUAUGGUACAAGAAAGCUUUGGAUAUCAUUCCAACAUCGCUAUGUAGUCGAGCUGCUAAUGGUGACAGUAACAUUUUAAGCACGCCACCUGGAUGGAGAAACUCAGUACAGGCUUUUCUACGAAAACACCCUGCACCACGUGAUGAUCACAUUGCGCAUAUUGAUGUAAACAUACCUGACAUUGUUGAUCGUACAACUGUGAACCAGGCGCAACUACUAGCUGACAGGUUGCGUUUGUUGAUAUCAAUAUUACGGGGUAACAGACUUGAGGCUAAUUUAUUGUGUCACGUGUAUGAAUGGAAAAUAGAGAGUAUGUCCAACACGGGUGAAUUACUUACAACAGAAGAAGAGGAUGAGCAGUUAGAAUGUGUGAACAUAAUGUCUGGUAGAAAGUUUCGACAUGGGAAUAUUGUGCCGAAAAGACGUACUGGCAAGGUAUAUGGUAAUCUCGAUAGACCAAGACUCCAUCGACGUGAAGCAGCUUCAGUAAUGGACCGUAGAACACAACAACAGCAUCAUAUGUUGCGUCGCACGUCAUCAGCUGAUGCCGAUAAACAGUUACUAAAUUCUUUUGACAGUCAAGGGCUUGGGAAAUCAAAAUAUAAAUGUUCAAGUGAAUUUUCGCUUAAUCAUUCACCACGACAAGUCAAUAAUACUGAUAUUGACAAUGUUGUACAGUUUAUUCAAAAGUUAACAUCUUCAAGGUCAAUGAGCAGUGACAAAAAGUUGCACUAUGUCUCAGAACUAAUCCUUAAUUUAGAACUUGACAAUGAUGAUGGCAAUCAUCUCCCAAAAAUGUCACGAAGACGAUACUCACCUUCAGCAAAAAUCAUUAGAAAGAUAUCAAGAAAAGGUUCUGCGACAGACAAAAAACCUGCUGAAGAAAUAUCCGAGCUAAAUCGACGUUUAUGUCGAUCCCUCGAUAAUAUUCUUGAUAUAGAUUUAGAUUCAUUCAACAAUCAUCAAGACAGAUUAGAUCAAUCCAAGUCCAUGUUUCAUAUCCCCAAUGAUCAUCAUUUAAGUAGAGCAUAUAUCAAAAAUGGCCAUGGGUUUAGUGAUGUUCCUGAAACCAGCGAAAUGUCUUCAAAAGAAAGCAUAGAUUCAAUAGUAACAGAUGGAGGUUCAUCUCGACUCAUUACGACCCAACAAAAUAUGCAUGAUUCGUCUGAUGGAAGAAAAACCCCGCCAGAAUGUCCCAGCUAUCAGGUAGACGACACUCAAAGCUUACAAGCCAAUUCAGGAUCCUACAUUAUAUUUCAUAAGCAUUCGAGAGAAAGAAGCAUCGAUUGUUUUCCAAAAGAAAACACAAGUGAAGAUUUAAAUAAAGAAUUUAUACAAACUGAUAAUCAUAUUCAGAGUGAUGAUAACAAGAGAUUAACCGAAGAGUCACAAGAGAAUUUUAAGCGGAAGUCAGUGACUCGGAUUGCUAGUAUGUAUAAAAAUAGAAGAUCCUUGAACCUGCCUCACAAGAAUGAAAACUUAAACACAGAAACAGUGUCUCAUGUUUUACCUGACAGUGAGUUUGAUUCGCCUCUCCAGACGAAAGCAGCCAGGAGGAAAAUUAGCGGUUCUUUAUAUGAUGUACAGAAAACCUCAUCAUUCGAAGAAUUUGACUUUUCCAGUGGUAUUUUUGGUAGUGCUCCUCGAAAAUCAAUGCUUAGCCUGUCAACAGACUUGGGAUAUGAUAGUCAACAUGACCACCUUCAAACUGAUGAUCUAAAAGUAAAAUCAAACGAGUUUCAGAAAGAUAGACGACAUUCAAUUACCUGUGGCACAAGUGUACUUAAACUUCGUAGGAGCUCAUCUAAUGAACCGAAUGGUCAGAUAAAGUCUCACAUAUUACAUUCAAAUCAGGGUAAUUUCAAAGAAUAUAAAGUAUGAAGUUGAGAAUAGAUUAUGUAUGUAUCAAAAUUUGUGUUGUACUUCUUCUAUGAUAUUAUCGUUAUUGAUUGUUCUAUAAAAGAAGGGCAAAAGAUACCAGAGGAACAAUCAAACGCAUAAAUCGAAAAUAAACUGACAACGGCAUGGCUUAAUAUGAAAAAAGAUAAACAGACAAAAACAAGUACACAAGAAACAACAUAAAAAACUAAAGACUGAGCAACACGAAUUCCAUUUAAAACUUGGGGUGAUCGCAGGUGCUCCAGAUGAAUAAGCAGAUCCUGCUACACCGGUGGCACCCGUCGUGUUGCGCAUGUUAUUACAAACCCGGUAACUAGUUUUAUUUGGUAAGUCACAUUCAUGAAAAGGAAAGUGGAUUGUAGUAACGACAUACGAAACAUAUCCGAUAUCAUCUGUGAAACGGUUAUUCCAUAACGGUCAACAAACUCGUGAUGGCGUCCGUAAAAUUUAUAAAGUAAUGAUUUCAAUUUUACCAUAUAAGAUAUGGCAUAUCCGGGUUACAAAUAUGA